AUGGGACCCGCAGAAGGAGAUCAAGCUUCGGUAGUCAGCAAGAGGCCGAUGCCCAAAGAUGGAGAAAAUACUACAGUAGACGGACUGCGAAGCACUAAGAAAAAGAAAACGGAACCGCCUCAGUUCAAUUUCCUGAAGUUCUGUUACCGACACAAUCCUGACCUGCAACGGUCGCCCACGCAUCAUGAAUGCGUGGCACAGGACCAGAAAAAACGCUUGGAGCUGAGCAAGAAGAUCUCUGCGCUCCCGGAUGAGGAGCAGAGAGAAGUGAACAAUGUCCUUUCAACUUUUUCGCAGGCGAACGAUCGGACUAGAAAAUUGCUGCUUGAAGGCAUGCUAUGGAACUGCUGCUUUCCGCAGCUUUCUUUUGUCGCCUCUGAGGUACACAAGCUAAUUAAGAUCGAUUUUGUCGGUACUCUUCCCGAGGAAAUUUCGCUAAAGAUCCUUGGAUAUUUGGAUUGCCAAAGCUUAUGCAACGCUGCGCGUGUCUGUAGGAGGUGGCAACAGCUGGCAGACGAUGACAAAGUGUGGUACCACAUGUGUCAACAGCACAUCGACCGAAAGUGCCCGAACUGUGGUUGGGGGCUGCCCUUGAUGCAUAUGAAGAGAGCAAGAUUCAUUGAAAAUCCCGAGCAGCAACAGCCAAAAUGUGCCAUGCAAUCCUCGUCGAAGUCGGUAGAUGGCAGAAAGACGCGACCUUGGAAAGUCAUAUACAGGGAGCGUUUUAAAGUCGAGUCCAACUGGAGAAAAGGAACUUGUCAGGUACAAGAGUUUAAGGGUCACAUGGAUGGGGUUCUUUCAUUACAAUUCAACUACCGGUGUUUAUUUACGGGGUCAUAUGACUCUACGGUAGCAAUCUGGGACCUUGCGUCUGGUAAUCUUGUCAGAAGACUCACGGGCCAUCACGAUGGUGUCAAAUCCCUCUACUUCGAUGACCAGAAACUGAUUACUGGAUCGCUUGACCGAACAAUUCGGGUCUGGAAUUACGUUACGGGCGCUUGUGUCUCUACCUAUCGGGGCCAUUCUGACAGCGUCCUCAGCAUCGACUCCUACAAAAAAAUUAUAGUGUCUGGGUCUGCGGACAAGACCAUCAAAAUCUGGCAUGUUGAAUCGCGCACUUGCUACACUUUGAGAGGGCAUACAGAGUGGGUGAGCUGCGUUAAAUUGCAUCCUAAAAGUUACACGUGCUUCAGUGGCAGCGAUGACACAACUAUUCGAAUGUGGGACAUAAGGUCCAACGCUUGCAUUAAGGUCUUCCGAGGGCACGUUGGCCAGGUCCAAAAAGUGAUUCCGUUGACAAUUUUGGAUAUAGAGAACCUUGUAACUGACGUUCAAAAUGAAGUGCAGCUCAACAACAAUCCUUUGCCGGGCCAGGAAGAAACGUGGGCUCCAAUGGAUGAAUCUUUGACCUAUCCGACGCAUAUUUUAUCUUGCUCUCUAGAUAACACUAUUAAGUUGUGGGAUGUAAAGACGGGGAAAUGCGUUCGAACGCAUUUUGGUCAUGUUGAAGGCGUGUGGGAUAUCGCAGCCGACAAUUUCCGCAUUGUGAGUGGCUCGCACGACAGAACCGUGAAAGUUUGGGAUUUGCAAUCGGGAAAAUGCAUACACACUUUUGAGGGCCAUCAGGCACCAAUUACGUGUUUAGGAAUAGGUGAUUCAGAAUUUGUGAGCGGCGAUGAGCUAGGAGUGGUGCGUCUUUACAGGUUCGAUUAG